GACGUCUACAUGGAUUAUUUAUUCAUGGCAAUAAUAAAAAUAUGGCUCUCAAGUUUGAGCGCGCAGCUGCCAAAAAUCGAUAUUUUCUCGAAAAAUCACUUUAGUUUUAUGAUAAAACGACAAUAUGUCAGAAACAAUAAUAGAAAGUGUCCUUACAGGGAAACUGGAAGCCACACUUCUUGUUAAAUGGCUAAACGAUGAGUCUUUGGAGGAUGCACCUGAAGACUGUAUAUUGAAUUGCUGCAAUAAGAACGAGUUUGUGACGUGUUUUUUGUCGUAUUUAAGGAGUCAGACUGAUAGCAUACUACAAACCAACAGCAAUGCAGUCCAAAUUCUCCAGCACAGUACUCCUGAAAAGCUGCUCAGCAGCCGACGCAAGCAUCGGAGAUCCAUCAGCGAUCCCACCAGCGAAGACCGCACCAUGGACAGCCUCUCCGUCAAGACUGAACGUCUUCGCAGCCACGAAUCACCUAGCAAAGACCGUAAAAGAACCGGCCGUAGGGUAAAAACUAAACUAUUCACUGAAGACAAAAGUAUGAAUAGUACGAAUCAAUCGGUGUCAUCCGAUGAGUCGAGAAUAAGUACUGGAGUUGAUAGAUUGGUCUUGUCAAGUACGCCGCUGAAAAAUGGUGUUAAACCAUCCGAGUAUCCGAAUUUAGCAAGUCCAGUUACACCAAGGAGUUUUGUCAAAGAGCAGUAUGAGAGAUGUGAUACGCCAAGACUUAGUCACAGGCAUUCAAGGUCUCAAGAGAAAAGCUGUUUAGGUGAUUACAUGGUUAAUGUACAGAAAAGUAGUAAAAAGAAGAAGAAUAGGAGCUCGACGGAUAACGAUGAUAGUAAGGUUGAAAUUGAUCUGUCAAACUCGGAAAUGUUUCCGGAGAUUGGUGCGAGGAAAUCAAGUUCGUUAAGAUCUGAGAAACGAAGGAUUAAACCGACUAACAUUGACAAGUCUCAGAAGAGUAUUUCUCUAACUAGUUUUAAUGUCGAGUCUAUUACCACAUCACCUUUAAUGGUAGAACAGAACUCGGCUUUUAAGCAACAAAAAAUACAGGUCAAAGAAACAAACAGUUUUGAGGCUGAACGAAACAUCUUGAAACAGGAACGUCAUAAAUUAAUGGAGAAAUUUAAUAUUUUGAACACAUCGCUGCCUCAAAAACCUUCUUCGACACCACAAAUUAAAAUAACACAGAAAAACUCUAUAGAAAAAACACAUAGCUACAUUAAAAGCGAUGUGGCUAAAGUCACGUUUAAAGAAAAAAUCGAUUUACUAGUAGAUAUAUACGAGAUUUUAAUAAAAAACAACUUAAUAAUGAGUUUGAAUACGGAAAUAUAUUUUCUGAUUUCCAUUUUGAUAUCGAAACAGUUUGAGGAAGAUUUUAAUGUAGCCGAGAGUAAGUUAAAUGAUAGUGAUAUGAAUUAUUUGCUUAAAACUAUACACAAUAGUACAUAUUUUGCUGUUAAAUCGCUCUGGCAUCAACGGAUUGUGCUCGAAGUUAUUUUAGAUAAGAGCUCUUUGAAAACUUUGGGUGAAAACAAAAAAGUUCGCAGUUUCUACCCCGACCUAGCAAAGUUUCUACUAAACUGCUACGGUCUACGGUGUGAGGCAGAGACCAACACAGACCGGGCCAAACCACCUGAGAUCCGGUCCAAUGGAGUGGUUUGCUUUAACUCGGAGACGGAUAAUAUUGAUAACUUUCCUUCGAUGCUCAGCUUUCAGAACUUUAAGAAGCAGAGGGAUAUGUUCUAUGAGAUUUGGAGAUGGUACCAAGACAGUCAAUCAGGCGGCACGUCUCGCUCGUCGCUCCGCGCUCGUCUCAAAGCGCUGCUGUGUGCGGGCGCCGCGCCCACCAACCUCGCGCAUCUGGCUAAACUGUUCACCUCGCACAUGUGCCAGCACUGCUUGCCUAGUAGUAAACAGGAAUCGAAGCUAAGCAAACUACAACGUCGUCUGACAUGCCCCAAUGCGCCCGAGUCACAUCGACUACCACAAUUUACGACACAGGAAAUGUUUUACAAGGAAUUUAUAAUAAACGCAGAAAAUGAAUCGUUUAGAGUACAUUUAAGAGAUGCCAUCGCUUCCGAAAUAACGGUUUUAGACGGUACACAUAUAGCGUCGGAGGAUAGAGCCAAUUCAAAUCCAGACAUAACAACAGAAUAUCUAAAUUUAUCUAAAAAGCUAGCUCUUUUAGCUAAAUUCCUAGGCUUAUUAGCAUCGCUACCGUACACUCAAAUAGUAUCAGAUUUAAGUACUAAAUCUACAAUAACUAAAGUUGUACAGAAAGAAAUUAGCUAUUCUACGCCGAAGGAGAAAGUUCUAGAAAAUGAUCUGGCUUUAAGGAAUUAUAGUCAACCAACUAUAGACUUACAAGGAAUUUUAACAAAUGCACAGGAAAAUGGCCGACUGUCAAUUACAAUACCAUGGCUAGUCCACUACUUAUCAAUGCUAGACUACACAUCAUUACGCAUAAACUACUACCAGAAACUACUAAAAAUCCUAUUCGAUAUCUACUCGAAUCGACUAAAAAUCGAAAGCACAACACUAAAGAAGAACACAGCUAUAUAUUUAAAAUCGAUUCUCGGCUGGCUAUUCGAUUUACCGCAUUUUCCUCAAGAACUAUUCUACGAGAAUCGACUAAAUAUAACUGUAUCGAGUGAUUUGAAUGUCGAUUCUUGCGAUUUAGUCGAUGAAUCGAUUAUAAUAGAGCUGUGCCCGCAUUUGAGAGAUUUAAAUGUGUUGCUAUCGACAUGUAGAGUUGCGCAGGAUCAGAAAGAUGUGGCUAGUUAUCGACAUAUCACGCCGGUUAGUUUAACUUUGAACCCUGAGGAUCGGAUUAAGAAUAAGGAGAAGGAAUUGCAGGCUCGUUUAGAAGAAGAACUACUCAAAAGCCAGCCAUCUUCCACCCGUCGUGUUCUCGAGCUGGUUAUUGAGCGAGUGACAGCGGCGUCAGUCCGGUCUCUGAGCGCGGCCGCGUUGGAGCCAGCACGAGCUCGCGCUACACGGCAAGCUGCCAGGCUCGUCGCUGUUUGUCAUCAUCAGCCGUCGCUCGUACAAUCAGUGCAGCGAGUAUACUCGUCGGAGCUGGCAGCACUGCGCGCUUCGGCGCUGGAGAGUGGGCGCGUGGCCAUCCAGGGUCGAGCUCAGGCGGCCGUGGCGGCAUUGCUGGCCACGGCGCCGCCGCCACUUGUGACUCUCGUUGUUAGGGCGGCUGUGACGAGGCUGCAGAAGUGGAUCAAUGAUAAUUGGAAUACUACUGCGGUCCUCUGCAAAGACAUAGAAGCAGAGGUUAGAGCGCUACAGAGCAUCGGCGAGCUAACGCCGGCGUGUCACAAGAGUGCUUCUGACGUCACCGCCGUCACGUCACCGCCUGCCGUGUUCGCGCAGCACGUCAGCCCUGCCGCCAGUGUCAUACACUUGAAGGAACAAGUAUGCCUCCUACUAGACGGCGUGGCUCCCAGCAACAGUCUGACUCGCGUACUAUCGAGCUGCGCCCUCGCGUGCUCGCCACACAACGUGUUCAUACGCGCCGCCACCAGGCGAGCCAUACUGCAGCUCAGUGUCGACCUGUGUGUCGUGUUCGUAAGUCGACGCCCGAAAGAAGUGAACGAAUCGUUCCUAUCCAAACUUCACGGUAUCUGGGAUACUUGCUGUCCCGACAGGAAACGGUCGCCCCCACAAGAACUCACCCUUCCCGAACGAAGAACGGAACUAUCACCACAGUUCAGAAACUUCGAAGACGAAGAACGAGCCCCAACACCGAACAGCGAUGAAGAAGUACCGACAAAAGUUGUUAUUGCACCACAGAGUCAAGAAACAGUCGAAAGUCAACCAGUAGAAAGUCAACCAGUAGAAAAAAGUCAACCGGUAGACUCUACUGAUAAAAGUCUACCAAUAGAAGGCGAUGAUAGUGUAGUGAAUUUGGAGUUUUUUGACCGUAUUCUGUGUCCGCGGAAUAUAAUGCUUUUGAGUGAAAAUAAGAGUGUAGAUGUGUGGGAGUCAAUGGCUACUGUGCUGGUUUUUCUUUUAACUAAUGAUUAUUUGAGCGAAGAUUCGUUGACGGAGCAGUGUUUGGCUGUUUAUAGACAGGAUUGGCCUCAGAACAUACUAGAAAGUCUAUCGACCUGCAUGAAGUCGGUGUCAGCGCGCUGGUCUAGAUCAUCCACAGGCAAGUUCACGUUGUUCCUAGACUUUCUAGCCGAAUACUGCGGCGAUAUGGACUAUGAGCCGCUUGAAGAUUAAUCACCACUUGACUUUCGUUAAUCGCCGAGUGACUUUCACUAAUCAGAAUGAAAGAAGGAAAGGAAAUAAGUUUUAUUGCACAUAUAAAGACGCAUGGACAAUAGAAAAAGAAUCGCUCAGCAUAAUGCUGUGACGCGAGAGAGUAAUCACCACUUGACUUUAAUUAAUCACAGAGUGGCUAAAGUGAUGUUUUUUGCAUUAAAAAUUCUGUAUAAUGUAGGAUGAAAGCCGUUGGAGGGAUAAUUACCACUUGACUUUCAUAAUCACCGCAGUCCCAAAAAAAAUAUUCAAAGUUGAUGUAAAUAACGUGAUUUGGUGAUUUUUAAAUAAGAGUUUGCAUUGAUUGACAUUGAGUCAUAAUAAAAAAUCACCGAUCAGCGUUUUAAAUAUUUGUGAAAGUGAGUAAAUACUACUUUAUAAUAAGCGGAAUAUUUUAUCAAUUCUAUUGGGUCAUUAAUCACCGUUAUGACUUACCAUCACCAUACUGGGGAUUAAUUGAUGUUUCAGUGAUAUUUAUAUGAAAAAGAAUAAAUAUAUUGUGGCUUGUAGAAUUUUGGCUGUGAAUGCGAAAGAUUGACUGAAAUCGCGAAUUUGAUUAAAAAGUAGCUUUUAUGUGGCUAAAAUAUUAGAAAUCCCUACUAAAAUUAUAAAUGCGAAAGUAACUCUGUCUGUCUGUCUGUCUGUCUGUCUGUCUGUCUGUCUGUCUGUUACGCUUUCACGUCUAAACUACUGAACUGAUUUAAAUAAAAUUUGGUACAGAGAUAGAGUUGAUCUUGAGAAAUAACAUAGGAUAGUUUUUAUCCCGGACUUUUGAAGUAUUCUCUUGGAAACACGAUAUAACCGAACUCUACGCGGGCGAAGCCGAGAGCGGAAGCUAGUAACUCAUAAAGUUGAUGUAAUUUAAAAUCUAGAAGCCAAAAGAGCAUAAUUCGGACUUUUUAAAUAUUUUAGUCGAAUUUUGACUGGUGAAGCGUCAAUGUCUUUUUUCAAUGCGAAUAUUUAUUCAAUAAUAAAUUAAAUACAUAAGUUAUUUUUCCCGCAACUUAAAACUUUGUUUCAAUUAUUUUCAUAUUUAUAAUAACCCAAUUGAGUCUCUGAUGAUGAUAUCCGAACGACAAUACUAGCUACCGCAGCGCCCAUUGGUUCGUAUCGAGUGUUCUAGAGGACGCUCGCAUCAAGCUAGCAGUUGCGUUUGGCCACCGCCAAGGACGCAUGUUCCUUCUCCCGCCGCCAUUGUGUCGAAUACACACCGCUCCGCGUCAUUAUUUCCCUAUAUGUGAUUUCCUGAAGAUUCUUGUGUAAUAAUUGAACCUGCUGCUAGAAGACAUUGCGGACUUAUAGUGCAGUGCUGAUUUCACGAGUUUUAACCAGUCCACCGGUGGAUGAACCUAGAUUUAGCUCGCCGGCCGGCAGCCCUUACCGCGACCACGCGCCCUGGAACGAGGCCUCUUCACAUCUCGCUGGUUCUAAGUGAGGUCCCUGGAUUCACAAGGUACGUGGGCUUUAUUGCUGCAAAUAGUUGUAGUGGGUAUUGGUGUCUAAAGGAAUAUCAUCAGCAGGGAUUUAAUUGAAAUACGAUUUAGGUUUCACCGCCAUAUUGUUUCCCCGCAUUCGAUUUUCAAGAUUUGAAAUCACCGCUCCCGCAUUUCUCUUUUCUUUCUUCAUUCAAACCUUUUAAAUUUCUCCCAAUUUACAUUCACUAAUUUUUUUCUAUUAUUUUUCCAUGAUGAGGCUAUUUACACGCCUCAUCAUAGUUUUGGUCCUUCGAGCCGGAUAUUGAACCGCUAUUAGUUAGAUUUUUACGUAAUAAUUGGUGAAAAUCAUAAAGUAACAUUGCACAAUAGGUAUAGGUAAUUUACGUAAACUUUGGUGAAUUAUACCUGCCUACAAAUCGCUCCGCUUUAAUAAGUAUGAACAUAUUUGACAAUAGAUUUUACGUAAGUAUUUGGUAAAUCUGUCAAUUUGUCUCACAGAAUAGAACGUGUUACGUAUUAAUUGGUAAAGUUCAUUCUUUGUUAUUUAUAAUUUCGCCUUUGUAACAAAUACAUACCUACAAUAGGAGGUAGUUACAUAUCAUUUCGGUUUUGUGCGUAUGAGUCAUUUUUAUUCUAAUACCUACAGAUAGUUUUACUAUUGCAAACCGCCUUGUAGGUAACUUGUUUACCGCAUUUCUUUAUACUGUUUUUGAAGAUUAGCUUCACAAAAUGACUGACAAACAACUAAAACCGGAAGAUUUACUAACGAUCCUUCAUGAGAAGAAAGGAUUAUUAUUCAAACGUGUUAAUCGAUUAUAUGAUUUAUCAAAAAAUAUUUCGUCGUUCGAUUCGAGAAAGAAUGAAAGUUUUAUGACUGAAUCGGAAACUAUUGACGACAUUCGAGACAAAUUCGAAUCUUAUGUCGAUCGAAUUAACCAAAUAAACAUGAAUUUGAAACCUG